GGUCCCGCGGAGCGGCGGGAGCUGUAGUCCGGCCCCGGCCGCUGCCGAGGGGCCCUGCCCGCCUCCCGUCCGGGGGCGGGCAGCGAGCGGCGCCGGCAGCGUCCCCCGGCCGGCGGGGCGGGGAAGGGGAGGGCCCGGACUACAUCUCCCGCCGGCCCCGGGCCGAGGCGGUACAAAGCGGGCGUACCUGGCCCGGCAGGGCAGCGCCGACAGGUGAGCGGUGGGACAGGGGCUCCUUCCUCGGGCCCGCGGCUCGUCCUCCCCCCCCCGCCGCCCCGCUCCCGCCGCAGGCCCGCCCGGGAGCCGCGAUGCCGUUCCCCAGCUCCGGCGCGGACGAUGCCUUCGACUACCUGUUCAAGAUCAUCCUGAUCGGGGACUCCAACGUGGGGAAGACCUGCGUGGUGCACCGCUUCAAGACGGGGCAGUACAACGAGAAGCAGCAGAACACCAUCGGCGUCGACUUCACGGUGCGCUCGAUGGACAUCGACGGCAAGAAAGUAAAGAUCCAAGUGUGGGACACAGCUGGCCAAGAACGCUUCCGGACAAUAACCCAGUCUUAUUACAGGAGUGCCCAUGGGGCCAUCCUUGCCUAUGACCUUACUAGGAGGUCCACAUUUGAAUCCAUUCCUCAUUGGAUUCAUGAAAUUGAAAAGUACGGUGCUGCAAACUUGGUCAUGAUGUUAAUUGGGAACAAAUCAGACUCACUGGAUAAGCGCCAGGUCCUGUUUGAAGAUGCCUGCACGCUGGCAGAGAAGCACGGGCUCUUAGCUGUACUGGAGACAUCAGCAAAAGAAGCUCAAAACAUAGAAGAGGUGUUCAUGUUAAUGGCUAAGGAGCUAAUAGCCCGAAAUACCUUACAGCUUCAUGGAGAGAACCCUCCAAACAGCUUCUGUCUUGAUUCCAAGCCAGUGAUUGCCAGUCCAAGUGUGGAGAAGGCCCAGUGCCCCUGUUGAAGAGAAACUUCAGGAAGAGCUUGGAAACUGUCAUUCUUCUGAGGCUGUUUGAUGCAAUUGUAUUCAAUUGAUGAAAGUGUCCUCUCUGGCCUCAA